AUGGUACUGGCCUUCCAAAAAGCACUCUUCAUUGAGUGUACAAGUUCUUCUUUAAAGAACAUUACACUGAGAACAAAAUGGGCAGCUUAUGCGUUGAAAACCUGGUUCUCAACUCAAUUGCUCAGAGUAUUAACUGCACAAAAUGAAAAUCCGACCACAAACGAAGGAAGGGAAGUUGUGACAAUGCAUGGGGAUGGACAUGACACAGAGUUUGAUUACGCCCCAGUUGACGAGAAUGAAAUCGUCCCAAGAAAAGACCUUUAUUCGUGGAAGCUAAAGAGAACAGGUCUCCGCACUCAAGUAAUUCAGGACAUUCAAGGGUUUGCAUUAAUGGUAUCAGACGCAGCUAAAUGUAAUCCUGAUCAGACCAUGUUUAAGAAAAUGCCAAUCCAUACUCUAAUGCAUCCAACCGAUGUCCUUCAACUUGAUGGAGGAUAUUCCUACAAAUGGAUCAUUAAAAAGGCUCCAUAUACUCCACCACAACCACAAAAGAAAUCAAAAAGUCGUUAA